AUGACCUGCAUCGCCGAUGGCUCGCCCCUCCCCUCCCUGUUACACAGCAUCGACGCCGAGCUGCUCCGCGGCGGUCUACGGGAGGGCCACCUCAUCGAGAUAUGCGGCGAGCCAGCCUCCGGCAAGACCCAGCUGUGCCUGACCGCCGCGGCGCAGACCCUCCUGCGCGGGGAGCGCGUCGCCUGGAUCGACACCGGUGCCAGCUUCUCCGCGGCUCGGCUGAUCGACGUCCUGUGCGCGCUGCGCCCGCCCCUGCAGGCCGACCACGCCCAGCUGGAGGCGGCACUGGGCCGGGUGGUGGUGGCCCCGGCGCGCGACGUGCACGCUGUGCUGGACGUCCUCGGCGGCCUCCUCGCCAGCGGCGACGCCAUCGCGGCGGCGAUCGAGCCGCUGCCGCCGCAGAACCCUCGGCUGGGCCUGGUCGUGCUGGAUGCGCUGCCGGGCAUCGCGGGGCCGCUGCUGGGCGUGGCCCGCCAGGCCCAAGGGCCUGCGCUCCUGGCCCGGCUGGCGGCGGCGCUGAGGGCGCUGGCCGCCGCGCGGCGCGUUCCCGUCCUCGCCGCCAACGGCUGGAGGGAGCAUGCAACCUGUGGCCCCAUUCUUCUCGUCAGGCAGCUCUGUGUGUACCCUGUAUGCAUUAACACCUGA